AUGAUGAAACAGAUAAUUGUUAUUUGUAUUUUAGCUGGUUUAUUCAUUGCUGGGUCAAGCGCUCAACAAUGUGAAGGAACUACCGAAUUUUUUUCAUGCGUGGAAGAGGGUCGUUUUUGUAACGAGACCCUUAUUUGUGGUUACGGAUACGAAUGUCUUCCAAACCCAUUUUACUACAAUGGUCCAAGAUCAGCCUUGGCUGAAAUAGAUGGUGGAUCCUCAUAUGAGCAAGUCCCUACUUCUAUUUGUAUUAAAUUAGGUGCCGUUGGAGCCGUUUGUUUCGAAGAUGAUCAAUGUAUGAAUGGUCUUGAGUGUUACAACGCCAACAAUAAUGGAACUUGUCAACAUCUCUACUUUGCUCAAUUGGGUGAAGAUUGCCAAUAUGAUCAAGAAUGUUACUAUAAUCUCAAGUGUGACCCAUUCGAAAGAGAAUGUGUUGCCGAUGUUAACACCGAUUAUCAAUGUCAAUACAAUGUUCAAUGUUCAUAUGGAUUCCAAUGUAACACUACCUCUCAUCGUUGUGUCCCAAGAGCAUCAGUAGGACAAGUAUGUCAUCAAACUAAAGAUGGUUUUUCCUACAUGUAUUGUCAAGAAGACCUUAUUUGUAACAGAGACUCUGAAGGCAAUUAUACCUGUAUCACCCCAUUCUCUGUAGCCGCCGGAAAGGGUUGUGAUUCUUUUGAAAACCUCAGUGGUGACAAUGGUUUCUAUAUUUCCCCAUGUCAAGCUGGAUCUGUAUGUUAUGACGGUGUAUGUACCACUCUCAACAUCACUGGCCCAUCAGUCAAUUGCUCUGCUGAUCGCAACCUUUGCUCAUUUGUUGAAUAUUGUGCCUGCAACAAUGGAACUCGAAUGGAAGGUGCCACCGGACAAUGUGUCCCAUACUCUAUUAGCAACACCGAGACUAUCAACAAGUGUAUCGAACACACCACCAAUCUUUUGAACUGUCUCAAGGACAACGAGUGUACUGGUUUUGCUCAAAAUAGAGAAGUCGAAGGUGACUUGUUUGUUCCAAACUCUUGCGGUUACAGACACUGUCACAGUGAAAUCUGUGACAUUCAAGCUGAAUGUACCGCCCUACCUCCAAGCCCAGCUCCAUCCUGUGGUGAAGUUGAUUUGGACGAGAAAUACUAUUGUGCCGACUUUAGUUCUGCCUCUACUCUCGCCACAUCUGGCUCCAUCCUCAUUGCCGUCUUCAUUGCUCUCCUUUUCUAA